UCCUGAACUUUAAUCCCUUUGUGCUAUUUGAAUCUUACGAGAUUGAGUGUUUCAAAGAGGCUAAUUGACUCUCUGUAUUCUUCUGCAUGUUGUGAUUAGCAAUAUUGCGGACAAUUUUGGCUGUGGAGUGUGGAGUGUGGAGUGUGGAGUGUGGAGUGUGGACCAUAAUUUAAGGUCAAUCCUAUGUAUUUUCUGAUGCAGUUUGGGAAGCCUCAAAAACUGCAAUAUGGGGCUCAAGGUUUUAAAAAGUAGUCUGUGACAACAAUUGCAGCCUUAUCAUCAAGGAUUUUGGGGUCUUUGUGACCGCAUGAUUGUAUUUGUAAUUGUCUCCAAAUUUUCGUAAUAUCGAGGAUCACAACAAAACUGCAAUGUGACUGCAACCGCAACAUAAAACCUUGAUUGCACUGCAUGUGCAGUUGUAGACAAUUUAAAACCAAUUGCGUGUAUUGCAUGUUAUGUUUUAAUGUCCUUUUUGUGACAUCUAACAUCUGUUUUUCAAAAAUAUAUUUGUGUUUUUCUCAAUAAUAAUUUUCUGGUUUUAGCAAGCUUGGCAAAUUGACUUCAAAUAUGUACUUUGUACUUUGUAGUAUCUAGCUUCCUGACAUUACCAUAGUUUAUUUGAGCUAGAACAUGGGCUUGGUUAUUGAUAUGAUUUUUUUAAUGGGUAUAUUGGUUUGGCAGAGACUAGUUCAGCAUCAGCCUACACAGUAUCCAACAUCAGAGGAGUUGAGUAUUGGAAGGAUCAAGUUUAAGGCUUUUGAUCUUGGGGGUCACCAGAUUGCGCGAAGAGUCUGGAAAGAUUACUAUGCUAAGGUAGAUGCAGUGGUCUACUUGGUUGAUGCAUAUGACAAAGAAAGAUUUGCCGAGUCUAAAAAAGAGUUGGAUGCUCUUCUCUCUGAUGAGUCUUUGACUACUGUCCCUUUUCUUAUCCUCGGAAACAAGAUAGAUAUUCCAUAUGCCGCCUCAGAAGAAGAGUUGCGUUAUCAUCUGGGCCUGACCAAUUUCACCACAGGCAAGGGCAGUGUAAAUUUGUCAGACUCUAAUGUCCGUGCUAUGGAGGUUUUCAUGUGCAGUAUUGUGAAGAAAAUGGGUUAUGGAGAUGGUUUCAAAUGGCUCUCUCAAUACAUCAAAUAGUCCAUGUAAUAAGUAAGAGAUGGCUUGGAAUCCUGUUUCUAGAAGCCUUUUCCUAUAGUUGUGCUAUAGAGAUGUUCUUAGUACAAAUUGCUGUUAAACAUAUUUUGUUCUUAGUACAAAGAAAUUGUUGUUAAAGCCUAAAGGAAAAUGACACUUCUUUCACUGAUUCAU